GUAAAAAAAAAUUAUUUAGCUUUUCAUUUGGUUUUAAAUAACCAUUUUUUUAACUAUAAAAUGGUGUAAAUAGUCAUUGUCUUGUCUAUCUUUCAUCAUAGUACACUUGUUUAAUUUUACAGCUGCAUAACAUUUUUGGCUGUUUUGCCCUAAGUCAUUAAAAUGAGUAUUUAUAACACAUCUACGUAAAAAAGUGACAAAUAAGGAAAUAAAAAUCAAUAAAGAGUAGCGUGAGUUUACUCACUCUGUAGCCCGCUAUCAAAGUUCAAUUUAUGGCUAUCCCUUUAAGCGUACGCAUGACGUCACCACAGCGCGUCAGUGUUACUUGUUAUCCUGUUGUUUUCAUCUCGAAAUUUGUCUGGAUCAAACAAAUGUCAGCAGGAUCUUCGGAAGUGAAUGAGGUCUAGAGUUGGAAUUGAGUAGUCCUCCGUGUGGACCCGAGAUGGGCCAGCAGCUUUCUGGCCAGGCAGUGAGCAGACUGCCUGAGAAACUCAUCAAACAUGUUGGGCUAAUGAGAGACAGCGGCUACCUCACUUAUGACGAAUUCUUGGGUCGUGUGGCAGAACUCAAUGACGUAACUGCAAAACUGUCUCCUGGCCAAAAGAAACAUCUUCUGUUUGAAGUACAGCCUGGAUCUGAUGCAACGGCUUUAUGGAAGGUUGCUGUGAGAAUAGUGUGCACCAAGAUUAACAAAGAGGACGGAAUGGUGGAGGCCUCGCGCAUUAUGAACCUUUACCAGUUUAUGCAGCUCUACAAAGACAUCACCAGUCAGGCAGCUGAAUCCCUGGCUGUGGCCGCAGAGGGAUCUUCUGAACAGCUGUCAUCAGAAGAUAACUGCCAGGCCAGCAUGUGGAUGGGCAGGGUAAAACAGUUGACAGAUGAAGAGGAAUGCUGUAUCUGUAUGGAUGGGAAGGCUGACCUCAUUCUUCCCUGUGCACACAGCUUCUGUCAGAAGUGUAUUGACAAGUGGAGCGGUCAGAGCAGAAAUUGCCCCGUCUGUCGUAUUCAGGUGACUGCCGCCAAUGAAUCUUGGGUAAUGUCAGACGCUCCCACAGAGGAAGAUAUAGCUGGAUACAUUCUCAAUCUUGCAGAUGAAGCCGGUCACCCACACAGACCUUAAAAUCUGACAGUUGCUUCCCACUGACGACAACAUGACCCACUGUAAAUAGUAAUUUCACAGGGUGACUAUGAGUCUUAGUAUGUAUUGCACUUUAUAGUGUCAUUCACUGAAUGCAAUAACUGCUGAAUAUUUUUUUAAUUUAAAAGAUUUUUUAGGUUAAUGCAAUAUAAUUUGUCAUCUAAUCGGUUACUGUGAACUUAUGAAGAUAAAUGCUAGACAACAUGUAGCUUUAGAACGUAACUGCCUUUCAUUCCCGUUAAUCUUGCGGUUUAAUCUCAUUUGUGAAGUAUUGCACUUAAUAGUGUCUGACUGUUUCAUUAAGGCCUUGUAUUACCUGAACAGUAGUAUCGGCACGUGAAAGUGUUUAAUGAUAUUAACUCCAAAAUUCAUUACUGUACAGCAUGUGUGCAUUCAUAAUUAUUUAGUGAUUGGUUGGACAUGAGCGCUUUACUUUUGUGUAACUGCAGUCGUUUCAUAUGGAUUUAAAUUAAGCUGUUCAUCUCAUACAUGUAUGUGUGAGAGAGAUUGAAUAUGAGAGCUAAGGAAAUGUAAUUGUAUCAUAAAAAUGUGUAUAUAUUGAUCUAAAUUUAUAUAAAAGUUUAUUAACGUGUAAUGCAAUUUAUCAAGAUCAACUAAACAGAUUUUAAAGUAUACCUUAAUUUCAUUUAAGUAAUGAAACCGGUUUCUGUUAUAGUGUUGUUUGAAGAAGAGCUGUUUGAGAUGUUCAAUGCCCUUUUUUGUCUAUACAAAUCUGAUAAUAAAGUUCAUUAAAUAUA